GUGUGUGCAUGUGUGUGAAUGUGUAGCGCCGAGAAAGUACGUCUGUGUUUCCAGCUGACUGCUCGCUCGCGCUCUCUCAGUGUGUGUGUGUAUGUGUGUGUGUUGUCAUUAUUAUUAUCCAGUCUGCUCCCAGCUCAGAAUGGCCAGAUUCACUCAGACUGAGACAAGAAGGGAGCAGCACCCACAGCCGCCCCAUCCCGCUCACUCCAGCCUGCUUCUCACUGGACCCGGGGCAGCACCGACCCAACAUCCACUCCUCCUAAUCCCGCACCAGCACCAGUACGCUCAGAUCCCAUAUCCUAAACCCAUGAACGGGUCAGAAUCCAUCUCCAUUCAUCCGGAGAACGGCACCAUGAAAGACCAAGAUGCCAUAAAACUCUUUAUCGGGCAAAUACCGCGGAACCUCGAGGAAAAAGACCUGAAACCAUUAUUCGAACAGUUUGGGAAAAUCCACGAAUUGACAGUAUUAAAGGACCGAUACACCGGCAUGCACAAAGGCUGCGCGUUCCUCACCUACUGUGCCCGCGAGUCGGCCAUCAAAGCCCAGAACGCCCUCCACGAACAGAAGACACUGCCGGGGAUGACUCGCCCCAUCCAGGUGAAGCCAGCUGACAGCGAGAGCCGUGGAGAAGACAGGAAGCUGUUCGUCGGGAUGCUGAACAAACAGCAGACGGAGGAGGACGUGUACCGUCUUUUCGAGCCCUAUGGAGUCAUCGAGGAGUGUACGGUGCUAAGAGGUCCGGAUGGAAAUAGUAAAGGCUGUGCCUUUGUAAAGUUCUCCACACACGCUGAAGCACAGUCUGCAAUCAGCGCCCUGCAUGGCAGUCAAACCAUGCCAACUGGCUCCGAUUCUCUCCUCCCUCAGGGCGCGUCGUCCAGUCUGGUGGUCAAGUUUGCCGACACGGACAAGGAGCGCACCGUCCGCCGCAUGCAGCAGAUGGUGGGCCAGUUUGGCAUCUUCAACCCUGCCAUUGCCCUGCCCUUUAGCACCUACAGCACCUACGCGCACGCGCUGAUGCAGCAGCAAGCGGCCCUCAUGGCUGCUAGUCACGGUGGCUACCUGGCACCCAGCGUGGCCUUCCCCACCACCCAGAUCCACCAGAUGGGGGCGCUCAAUAUCAACAGCCUGCCACCCACCCCCAUGACCCCGGUGUCGGGUGAGUUUCAUCAGACACUGGGCCUCAGCUCACCGCCUGCCAACAUCACCACAUCAGCCGUCCCCAGCAUUGUCACUCCUAUCGUCAACGGCUUUACCAGCAUCCCUCACCAGCCUAACGGACACCCUACGGUCGAGGCCAUGUACACCAACGGACUGCCCCCUUAUUCUACCCAAAGCCCCACGGCUGCAGACACCCUACAACAGGCCUUCACAGGGGUGCAGCAAUAUACAGCCAUCUACCCAGCGACCACACUGACCCCUAUCGGCCAAAGCCUGCCACAGCCACCACAAGUCAUUCAACAGCAGCAGCAGAGAGAAGGUGAGGGACCAGAGGGCUGCAACCUCUUCAUCUACCAUCUACCGCAGGAAUUUGGCGACAACGAGCUCAUGCAGAUGUUCCUUCCAUUUGGUACAGUCAUCUCCUCCAAGGUCUUCAUGGACAGAGCCACCAACCAGAGCAAAUGUUUUGGCUUUGUGAGCUUCGACAACCCAGCAAGUGCACAGGCCGCUAUCCAGUCCAUGAACGGCUUUCAGAUCGGCAUGAAGAGGUUGAAAGUGCAGUUAAAACGGCCAAAGGAUGCGAGCCGCCCGUACUGACAGGGCCCGACCCACACACGGCUCUCAGCAACCGCACAGGAUUAGAAGAGUGAAAUCUCAAAAGGAAUUUAACUUUUUCUUUCAAAACAAACAAGAACAACAUGAAGGGAUUUUUUUGAAGACAUUUCGGUGUUUAUUUUCGGAAGAUGUUCGGUACAGAAGAGGGGUUGCAGGUGAACCGGCACCCGUGGACAAACCACACUCGGCACAGUGCACGAAAGACAAGUGGAAGAUCUCUCUAAAGACAGAGAACUCGACAUGACCUGUCUCUCUCUGGGCAAAGCACCAUCAGUCAAGCAACAAACAAAAAGAAAAAAGAAAAAAACGAGUGAGAACAACUUCAAUUUCUGUAUACAUAUUAUACACACAUAUGCUAUUUAAAGGAAGAGGCGCUUAUGGCUUUUAUUACACUGGACAAAUGAGGGUUAAACUUGAACACCGAGGAAAAAUGCAGUGGAAAAAAAGAAGCUCUUCUUGUCCCGCUAGUGGACUUUCUUUCUCUUUUCCUCUUACCUUUUCUUCUGUCGUCGUCUUUCAGCAAACGCAGGACUUUCUGUGUUCACAGAGGCUUCCAUGCCUUCAGUGAAACUGAUAAAUCUUUCACCCCAAAGGGACCAAAGGACCAAACAUUUUUAUUCCUCAACAGAAAUAUAUGGUAUUAAUAACAAUACUAAUACUGCAAACUACUACUAACAACAUAAGUUUAAAGAAAAGAGCAUAAAAAAAGCAUAAAUAUUUGCUUCAGGUCGGAAGAGGAAAGGGAUUUUGAGUUCUUUUCCUUUUACAUUUAUAGCUACUGGGUUUCAGAAUAUUUAAACAAAAUAGAAAAAAAAGGAGAAGAAAAAACAGUAUUUUAAAAGCUAUACUAUUUUAAUGGAGUAGAAUAUGUGGAUUAGAGAUUGUUAGGAGCAUGUUCAGCCAUUUUUAUCCAUGAAGAAAAAAAAGAGGGGGGGGGGGGCUGUCCAUCUUCCAUUGUUUAUUUAUUUAUUUAUUUUUUUUUUUGCUCUGAGGUUCCUUGGAUGUCAAAAAUAGGCCCACAUUCCAAAGAACAAAUGCUAAGUAUUACUAUAUAUGCAUGUGCGAAGCGAUGCUGGUUUAGUGAAGCCUUGGGCAGUUAUUCAGUACACAUAAACAACCAUAUUUAUCCGAUGAAAGCUUUACUUAUCAAGCAGAAUAAGUACCUGUGGCUUCAAACUAUCCGCAAUAUAACAGCUAUAAUUCACAGAAAACACAGUUAACGCUUGACGGGGAUUUAUUUAUUUAUUUAUUUGUGCACUUUUUCAACUGAAGCGGUUCUAGUUUGAUUCAUCAGGUCUACGAUCAUGCAGCGCGAAGUAACGCUCAACUUUACCAUUAACCAUUUUCAUAUCAUCCAUUUUAUUCAUCUUUCAAGAACAUACUCAUCUAACAGUUGUGCCAAAUGCUGAAUAUCAACUGACAAAGCACAUUGGUAAGUAAGCUAAGCAGUUACAAAGAUACCAAGCCUUAAUAAACCCUUACACAAGCCACAAAAUGAGGUUCUUUACAGACCUUCCAAAGGGACAAACUUGUUUUUGCUUACAACUUCUGAAGCACAUCAGAAUUUUUUUUCAGGGACCUAGCAUCAAAUAAAAUGAGUUGAGUUUAAAAGAUGAGUUUAAGAUAUAGAAAACGCCGGGGGACGAAUCGUGGGAUCUGCAGAUCAACCCAUAUUUCUAAGAAUACGCUUCUCAGGCUGGUAUGGAUUAGCUUGACGCUAACUGUUUGCAAGGGUCUAAUGAGCAGCCUGUAAAGAGCUCAUGAACAGCUUGCAAAUAGCAGCCAUGGGGGUUACAGUUGGAGCAAACUGAUCCAUCAAUUAAAAAAAGCCACCGAGUCUGACAUUUUGGUGUACGUAACCACAGCUGUUGCUUUGCUCUCAGAAAAGUCGCAAAUAUACACCACUCUAAAGCGCUUGACAAGAAUCUUAAAGACCCCAUGAAAUCAAAUCAAAAUUGGAGUUUUGUGGUGCUUAGUUUGCUAGCUGACAAAACAACACCACAAUCUGAAAUGUACAGGCUAUUUGUAAAAUCGAACUAAAUAUUAAUGACUACAAAUUUUUGUCCAAUCAAAAGCUCUGGAAUGAAGUAAGAGCUGGUGGACAUUUGUUAGCUUUGAUGUCAGUUCUAGUGUACACGAGUGUACUAGUUUUUAAAGCAGUAUGUUUUUCUUUACUUGCAACGGACCAAAAAAUACUUACUUAUCAUGCACUACCAAUUUUUGUCCAAUCAGAUGCUCUGGAGUUAGAAAGUCCCUUUUGCUAAUACUGCUGUACCUUCAAUUAACUACACAGCAAAAUGCUUGGUCCUUUUUUACUUAUUUUCCAGCUAAAAAUAUCUUAAAAAUAUAUAGAUGAAGACCUGUUUUCAGAAAUUGUAUCUUUAAUAUGUAUAUUAUGUCUCAUCAAAUAUUUAUUUUUAGAUAUUUUAAAUGGAAAUCUAGACACAAUGCUAAGAGUAGGCAGUAUUAUAAUAUAAAGGCUUUUUGUUAUUUAAAAUAAGUUGUCAUGCACCAGAUUCCUGUUUCAAGAGGAAAUGCAUCAACACAAAACUCAUCAAAUGAUUCCGCAGGGUCUUUAACUGUUAAACGGACAGUAUUCUUGAAACAGGUUGUUUGCGGUGAAAGUUUUUCAAACGUUUUUACGUUAAAUUAAAUUAAAUUACAUUUAUGCAUUUAGCAGACGCUUUUAUCCAAAGCGACUUACAGUGCAUUCAGGCUAUCAAUUUUUACCGGGGAAUCGAACCCCUAACCUUGCGCUUGAUAUCGCAAUGCUCUACCAAUUGAGCUUGUAACUUUACGUUCUAUCUACAUUUCCGUUACACUCCUUUUGCCAUUUACCAACAUGCCAAUUCCACACCGCCUUCAUAGAAAUACCAAAACUACACAUCUAAGUACAAGAAGUUCAGGUCCUCCAGAGUGCACAAAUAAACAGAAAUAGUAAAAAAAAAACAGAGCUCUAGAAUCUACACUAGAUAGGAAAGAAAAGCACAUGUUUUGACCUCAUUUGAUUUCCACUGUGGAUGUUUAAUCUUGCAGACGUCAGAAAUAAGUUUCGACGAAAAACAUAAACGUCACACGUAUAUAACAGCUGUUUUAUAAGCCUCAGGUCGUGCUGAAACGGAUCGCAUUCGAUUCACAGGUUCUAAUGGCCUUUUUCUGCGGGAACUCUCUCCAUUUCAUCUUCUCUCUCCUGUCCUGUGGUGACAUAUCAGAACGUGGUGAUAUACAGACACGCAAGCCCUCGGGCAUCGGCGCUCUAAUAACCUCAUGUUGCAGGAGGCCUUCCUCACAGAAUCUCUCCAUGCCAGAUGUGAAUUAUUCAAAUCAAAUUAAAUUGGGCCUACAUGUAAAAGCAAGUGUAAUACAAAUUAAAAAUGGCAACUAGUGCCUGAAGUUUAAUAAGUUUGAAGGAUGAUAUCAUUACAGCUUGAGAAGAAAAAAAAAAUGAUUGGAAAAGCAUAUAAAAUGAAACGUGUUGUGUUGAAAGAUGAAUCGACGGCGUUAAUACAAAUUGCAUUUGCAUCAGAAAUGGCGGGGUGGGGAGGAGUGUUUUGCACAACAGGUAUUUCUAAAGAAACCAGACCACCAGCAUUUCAUACUUGCUUUCUUCUCAUUCACACCACGUUCACGUUUCGUUCCUCAAGAUCUUCAUGCCGAACUUUGAUCUGUGAGCAUGCUCAAGGGGGGAAAAGGUGGGAAACUUUCGGGGGGGUUAAAGUGUUAUAAAGGUACUACUCAUAUUAACAAUAUGAUUCUUUAACUAUGGUUUGUAUGCUAAGGAAAGUAGCUUAUUAUAGAUAUGAAAUCUGUAUAUUAGGGAACAGCAGCACAUUUCUCAGAUUCUAUGGGGAAAGUAGUCGGUG